AUGGCGGACGUCGAAGCAUCUCCUCUCCCCGAGCGCAAACAGCGUAAAUCCGUCGCUUUCGAUACCGAACAAAUAGUAGUCGACGCCGACGGCUCAGUCACAAUGGUCAACGCUACCGACGAACCCAAGGAGACAGCCCAGUCGCACACGCCUCGUACGCCGCCGCUUUCUGCAGCACUUGAAUCUUUCAAUACUGAUGCCCCUUCUCAAGCCGGAGCCGAGGAUGCGACCACCCCCGUCCCCGAUGCCACCGAAGAUGGUGGCCUCGACCUUACCAUGAAGAAGAAGAAGAAGAAGAAGGUCGCCAAGGAGGGCGAUGAUGCCGAGGAGGCCCCCGCCGGCGAGGACGGUGGCCUCGACCUGACCCUGAAGAAGAAGAAGAAGAAGAAGGUUCCCAAGGAGGGCGAGGAGGACGACUUCGCCGCCAAGCUCAAGGCCUUGGACCUCGAGGGCAAGGAGGGCGAAGCUGGUGAGGCUCCCGCCGCUGGCGAGGCUGACGAGGGUGACAUGGACGCCGGCACCGGCAUCUGGCAGCACGACGAGACCAAGGCCCUCAGCUACAGCCUGCUGCUCAACCGCUUCUUCCACCAGCUGUCCCAGAAGAACCCCGACCACGCUUUGAGCGGCUCCAAGAGCUACAAGAUCCCUCCCCCGCAGUGCAUGCGUGAAGGCAACAAGAAGACCAUCUUCGCCAACAUUGCCGAGAUCUGCAAGCGCAUGAAGAGAACGGAGGAGCACGUGACCGCCUACCUGUUUGCUGAGUUGGGUACCAGUGGUUCCGUUGACGGAAGCAGACGUCUUGUUAUCAAGGGUCGUUUCCAGCAGAAGCAGCUCGAGAACGUGUUGCGCAAGUACAUCAUCGAGUACGUCACCUGCAAGACCUGCAAAUCUGCCGACACCGAGCUGUCCAAGGGAGAGAACCGUCUGUACUUCAUUACCUGCAACUCUUGCGGUUCGAGACGUUCCGUUACUGCCAUCAAGACCGGUUUCUCCGCCCAGGUCGGAAAGAGAAGAAAGAUGCAGGGUUAA